UCUGCCCAACUCAAUCUUCUUCAUAGAUAAAGAAGUUUAUUAAGGUGAAGCUAAGGGGUCUAUGAAGAGAAAGCUGAAAGUCUAAAAAGCUAUCUAUAAAGAUCAAAAAGCUUGCUUAUGAUACCUAUAGAAACCUUCUUUGUCCUUUUUACUCCCUUUCACUAAUUUCUAUAACCAAAAAAAAAAAGAAAAAAGAGACACAAUCAAGAAUCCAUUUAAGUCAUGUUUAAUUCUUCAACAGACCCCUUCAUGACUUCCUCAGAGAAUGGAAACAACAACAAAAGAAAAAGAAGGCCAGCUGGAACCCCAGAUCCAGAUGCAGAAGUGGUAUCCUUAUCACCAAAAACUUUAUUAGAAUCAGAUCGAUACAUAUGUGAGAUCUGUAAUCAAGGAUUUCAAAGAGACCAAAAUUUACAAAUGCAUAGAAGAAGGCAUAAAGUACCAUGGAAAUUGCUAAAAAGAGAAACCCCUAUUGUUAAAAAAAGAGUUUUUGUGUGUCCAGAGCCAACUUGUCUACAUCAUGACCCUUGUCAUGCUCUUGGUGAUCUUGUUGGUAUUAAAAAACACUUCAGGAGGAAACAUAGUAAUCACAAGCAAUGGGUAUGUGAGAAAUGUAACAAAGGAUAUGCUGUUCAGUCUGAUUUCAAGGCACAUCUCAAAACAUGUGGAACUCGUGGUCAUUCUUGCGAUUGCGGUCGAGUCUUCUCCAGGGUGGAGAGUUUCAUAGAGCAUCAAGAUGCAUGUAAUUUUGGAAGACUCCGAUCAGAAUCACAAUCUUUAGUACAAUUACCAUCAGCCCCUUGCCUUUCUCGUACAGCUUCAAGUCCAAGCCCCUCAAGUGAUCAUACAAAUAAUCUCAUCACUACUAGAGUCCCAUGGCCUAAUUUUCUUAUGAAUACUCCAAAUUCCAUAAUAAAAAAACACAAUUUAGAGCUCCAACUCUUGACUACUACUACUACUACAACAUCUCCGUCUAGCCCCUUUGAUGUCUCCGUAUCGUCCAAAUCGCGCGACGAUCACUCAAUUCAUAAUAAUCUUCAACUAUCCAUUGGAUCAUCGGAUCUCAGUGAGAAAAACGACUCGGAGAAUAAUAAUGACACGCACAGAUCAAGAAAUGGUCUGGAUGAAUUUUUGCGAGAGCGGUUAAGGCAGGCCGUGACCGAAAAGGCGUAUGCGGAAGAGGCAAGAAAGGAAGCGAGGAGAGAAAUUGAAUUGGCGGAGCAAGAAUUGGGCAAUGCAAAGAGAAUUAGGAGACAAGCACAAGUGGAAUUAGAAAAGGCACAAGCAUUGAAGGAAGAAGCAAUAAAGCAAAUAAAUUUUACUCUUUCACAAAUCACAUGUCAUGCUUGCAAACAAAAGUUCCAAGCUAAAAGGAUAUCAGCACCAACAACAACAAGUAUAGUUGAUCAAAGGCAUGAUCAUCAUGACCAAACUAUUCAUCUCAAAUACAGUUACCCAACAUCACUUCACUAGUUAUUGUACUAUAUUGUAGUAUUUCUUCCUCUCUACUUUGGAUGUUUUUUUUUUUGGUUACAUUGUUGGGCCCUUUAAUUUGUUGUAUGAAUAUAAAAGUCUAGUAUGGAUGCUGCAUGCUACUAUGAUGAGUUAAGGUCAUAGGACUGUUCAACAAGAGUUACUUAGCUUGGUGUUAUUUUUUUUAUCUAGUUCUUGCAUGGUGAGAAUCAUAAUAAAGUUUUCAGCAACCUAAUAAUGUGAAAGUGAAAUCUCUUGUGUUGUGAAAA